AUCUGCAUCUGGCUAAUCUAUCACAAUCUUUGCUAGCUUUGAUCCAACUUUUUUAAAAGCCAAGUUUGGAGAACGUAUUAGUUAGAUAAUAACGUUAGUCAGUGGUUGGGUCUCCGAGUGCUGUUAUCGAAGACAGUGGCAAACCGGGUGGCCCUGAAUAUGUGAUGGCACGGUCAUGUGUGCAGCUAGCACUGUGUGUGUGGAGAUGGUUUUAACAGAUGCUGUUCUGGAGGACACAGGAAUACUGCACUGGCCUGGAGAAGCCUCAUAAACAAACGCACGUACACAACACACACCUGUGCACAGGAUUUCCACACUCUCCGCUGCUGUGCCAUUAGAAAGGACACAGAUACGUAACAGACUUCACCCGAAGCGCUCGCACAUUCACAUCCUCUGUCUGCGUGUGAGCCGUUUUGCUGUCGGCUUCUCUUCUGAGUGAGAGGGUGUAUAUUGUAUUUCUUCCUGUCUGCCCUGUCCCCACCGCCACCAUGCCAAGCUCCACCAUCCGUCGGCAGAUGAAGAACAUGGUGAACAACUACUCUGACGCAGAGAAGAAAGUCAGAGAGGCCACUUCUAACGACCCCUGGGGCCCGUCGUCUUCGCUCAUGUCCGAGAUUGCUGACCUCACUUACAAUGUGGUGGCCUUCAGUGAGAUCAUGAGCAUGAUCUGGAAACGGCUUAAUGACCACGGCAAGAACUGGCGUCAUGUUUACAAGGCACUCACCCUGCUCGACUACCUGAUCAAGACCGGCUCUGAACGAGUGGCACUGCAAUGCAAAGAGAACAUCUUCGCCAUCCAGACUCUGAAGGACUUCCAGUAUAUUGACAGAGACGGUAAAGACCAGGGCAUCAAUGUCAGGGAGAAGAGCAAGCAGCUGGUGGUCCUGCUCAAAGACGAGGACCGGCUCAAAGGAGAGAGGUCUCAGGCUUUGAAGACCAAAGAGCGCAUGGCCCAGGUGUCCACAGGGAGCAGUCAGAUGGGUUUUGGCCGAGGCUCGUCUCAGCCCAACCUCUCCACUUCCUACAGUGAAGAGUACGGCAGGUCAGAGGGCUCACCUGCCUCUUACCAUGGCUCAACAUCACCCAAUCCGGGUUCAGAGCUGGAGCAAGCCAGACCUCAGACCAGUGGAGAGGAGGAGCUACAGCUCCAGCUGGCUCUGGCCAUGAGCAGAGAGGCUGCAGAGCAGGAAGAGCGCCUACGCAGAGGGGAUGACCUGAGACUACAGAUGGCUUUGGAGGAGAGUAAGAAAGGCCCAGACUCAGGAAAAGUGGUCAAGAAGAAGAAAGAGCCACAGUCAUCUUUGAUGGAUCUGAUGGAUGUUCCAGAGCCCGGUGCCAGUGCUGACCCCUGGGGCACAGGGGCCAGGGCUGCUGCUGCAUCAGCAGACCCCUGGCAGCCCUAUGGUUCCUCCCCUAAGCCAGCUGCCCCAGUGGACCCAUGGGGCACUCCCCCUUCUGUCCCACCCAUGAAGGGCAAUGAUCCCUGGGCACCAAACUCCAUGCCUGCCUCUGACCCCUGGAGUUCUGCAGCCGCCCGCCCUAAGACUUCUAACACAGGUAGCUUUGACAUGUUCAGGUCAUCUAAUGGUACGUCCAAAGAGGACUUCUCAGAGUUUGACAGCCUGCGCUCCUCCUCCUCUGUCCCCACUGGUGAUGGGGGCAUAGCUUCCUCUAUCCCCUCCCAAGCCAGCCUUGCUAGCAGCAGCAGCCUCGACAUCUUUGAUCCCCUGCCCACCUCCACAUCCGCUUCUUUCGCCAUGAACCCAACUAGAAAGACUCCAGAGUCCUUCUUGGGUCCCAAUGCUGCCCUGGUCAAUCUGGACUCUCUGGUGACCAAACCAGCUCAGCCCCCACCAGUCGUCAACCCGUUCUUGGCUUCAACAGGUGGCUCUGCUCCAGCAACCCAAGCCAACCCCUUCCAGGUGAGCCAACCAGCUCCCCCAACCCUCAACCAAAUGCGAGUCAGCCCCAUGCCCCCUGGCUUUGGCACCAUGGCAGAGCCCACGGCCAUCUCCUCCUUGCCUGCUCAGCCCAUCACCAUGGUCCCCCUGGCAGGGAUGGCUCCUAUGGGCCGUUCAAUGCCUGGAAUGGGAGUAGGCACAGUCGGAGGUGUGGGGACAAGUGCAGGAAUCUCGGCCUCCAUGUCCAUGCCCCAGCCCCUGAUGAGCAUGCCCCCUCAGGCCGGGACACAGCCCACUGGAACGACCAACCCCUUCCUUUUGUGAGGGGGUGACAGCCAGAGAACUUGACCUAGAGUUACCCCCUGCCCCGCCACCCCAUGCUGUCUCUCUCUUCCACUUUGGCUCAUAAAGAAGCUUCAUAAUGAACAAGUAAA